CACGGUGGCGGCUGGUUGGAGGAUAUAUGUGCAUAUAAGAAAUUUAAUUUCAACUAAUAUUUUUAAUUUUUUAUCAUUUUUUUAAAUUUUGAAUUUUGUAUAUAUUUUAUAAUUUACCUACAAAAUUAUUUUUAUCGUCGUUCCAAUCGACACUGUGUACUCAUACUCCACUGACAGAAAAAUAUUAUAUCUGAAUCAUGGCGACUGUUAAACGAAUGAUCAACCUAUCUAAAACUCUUAAAAUGAUGACUACAUCUCGUCUUUGCUGUUUCCAAACAUUGAAAAAGACCUAUUUUACGUACGUGAAUGAACCUUCUAUGCCAAUAUUAGGCAAAGAACCGUGUUGGCUCAAAAGUGCCGAUGAAGCUAUCGAAAAAGCAGAGUUAGAUUCGGAUCAAGUCGUAUUCGUUCAGGGUGCAGCGGCAACACCUACUGAAUUAUUAAGAGCAAUGACCGAUUAUGGUGUCCGAAGCGACGUGAGAAAUGUACAGUUGUAUCAUAUGCAUCUCGAGGGUUCCGCACCGUUCGCUAAACCAGAAAAUGCAAAACAUUUCAAAUCCAUUAGUUUCUUCAUUGGAGGCAAUGUAAGAUCAGCUGUUCAGGCAGGAACUGCCGAUUGCAUUCCAAUUUUCUUACAUGAGAUCCCACGAGUGUUUAAUGAAGGCUAUCUGGAGCCUGACAUUUCCCUUAUUCACGUUAGUCCUCCAGAUGAAAGAGGAUAUUGUUCACUCGGUACUAGUGUAGAUUGUGUACGAUCUGCCGUGAGCCAUUCCAAAUACAUCGUAGCAUUAGUGAACAAACAUAUGCCAAGAACAUUUGGCGAUGCUGUGAUUCAUGUUAGCCAUUUAGAUUUUGCUGUAGAACAUCAUGAGCCACUUCCAGUACAUCCUAUAAAACCUCCGUCGAAAGAAGAACAACAAAUUGGUAAAUAUAUAGCCGAGAAUUUAGUAGAGAACGGAGCUACGUUACAAAUGGGUAUCGGAAGCAUACCAGAUGCGGUGCUAUCGCUUCUGGGGAAUCACAAAAAUCUUGGAAUCCAUAGUGAGAUGUUUAGCGACGGUGUAGUAGAGUUAGUGGAGAAGGGAUGUGUGACAAACAAUUGUAAAACAAUGCACAAAGGUAGAAUCGUCGGUUCAUUCUGCGUUGGUUCACAGAAGUUGUACGAUUUCAUGCACAAUAAUCCUUUUAUAGAAAUGUUGGUAGUGGACUAUGUAAAUAAUCCAAAAAUAAUAGCCAAACAACCAAACAUGACGGCCAUUAAUUCGUGUGUAGAAGUUGAUAUUACGGGUCAAAUUUGUUCUGACAGUAUCGGUACUAAAAUGUAUUCUGGAUUCGGAGGUCAGCUAGAUUUUAUUAUGGGUGCAGCACUUAGUGAUGAUCGACAAGGAAAACCUAUUAUUGCAUUACGAUCUGUUACUACGAAGGGUGAGAGUAAAAUUCAACCCGUUCUAAAAUUAGGUGCUGGUGUUGUUACAAACAGAGCAGUUGUUCGAUACGUUGUUACAGAACAUGGAAUUGCUAGUUUAUUUGGUAAAAAUCUUCAACAGCGAUCAUAUGAACUGAUUCAAAUUGCUCAUCCCGAUCAUAGAGAAGCGUUAGAAAAAGCAGCAUUUGAACGUUUGAAAGUAAUGCCAGCGCCAUAAAUACUUCGUUAAAAACAAUGUUAAACGGACUCUUUUAAUAGCAUUUCGUGAUACUCAUUUCUUAUA